CAUAGAUACUUAAUAUUGAUGCUACAUUUAUUGAUAAUCAGUGAUGCGCUUAUAACUUGCUGCUGUAUAUAAACCGAGAGCACCUACGUUAAUGCCCAUAUUUGAUUAUAGCUCUCUACUCGCAAGCUUGUGCUGUCUUGUUAUAUUAAGCGCGUCUUACAAUCAAAAGUAAUAUCCAAACUUAAUUUCACAAAUGGCGGCCUCUAACUUAUAUGCGAUCAUCGCGGGUGUUGGUGGUGGCACAGGACGCUCCCUCGCCCUCAAGUUCUCCGCUGCCUACCCCACUGUCUUCCUCCUCGCUCGCUCACCCGAGUCCUACGACUCGAUCGUCAAGGAGAUCAAAGCCAGCGGCCGCAAUGCAGUAGGCAUCAGCACUGACGUAUCAUCCGCCUCCUCCGUCUCCUCGGCACUCAAGGCCAUCGCCGCAGAGACCGCCAACAAGAACCUCGCAGCCGCAGUCUACAAUGUGGGCGGCAAGUUCGUCCGCAAGCCAUUCCUGGAAUUGACCGAGGAAGAGUACUCUGCAGGCUUCGAGGCCGGCGGCAGAGGCUUCUUCAACUUCGCGCACGGCACCCUGCCACUUCUUCUCGAGACAGCGGCGCUCAAAGAGGCUGUCCCGAACCCGCCUAGCUUGCUGGUCACCGGCGCCACGGCAUCACUCAAGGGCUCUGCACUAUGCUCCUCCUUCGCCUCGGGCAAGUUCGCCCUGCGUGCCACCACGCAGUCACUUGCUAGAGAGUUUGGACCCAAGGGUGUGCAUGUAGCACAUGCAAUUAUUGACGGUGCCAUUGAUACGCCUAGGCUUAAGGAGUCGGGGUGGAAGGUGAAUGGAGGUGAAGAGGAUGGUACAAUUGCGCCGGACGCAAUCGCGGAUGCCUACUAUUGGCUUCAUACUCAACCUCGAAGUGCAUGGACUCAGGAAAUCGACAUUCGACCAUUUAUUGAGAAGUGGUGAUCAGAGAGAGGCAAUGAAUAGGACAGAGAGUAAUCGGUAGUUUUGUAGUUUUAUUAUAAUGAAGUAGCGAU